AUGAAGAGUCUCACCAAUCUCCUCAUUGGGCUUUCGGUUUUAGCACCGGCCCUCGCAACGCCCACCGGACUUGCGAAAAACUGUGUCCAGCUCCAGAUCCCCGUGACGGCUUCAGCCAACAACACCCGUUACAAUUCCGUCAAGGUUGAGAGCAACAUCGAUCUCGUAGACUAUGUCUGGGACACUUCAACCUGGUCGCACGCAAACAGGAGUUCUGAAGUUCUUCCUGUUCAUGGGACUUACUCCAUCAACGCUCAACUCUGCAUCCCGGGCGAUGGCAAAAAGUCGGACAUUUUGCAGAUCGCCACACAUGGUUUUGGCUUUGACAAGAGAUACUGGGAUCCUGAGCUGAAGCCUGAAGAGUAUUCCUAUGUUGACGCUGCUCUUGCGAAGGGUUACUCUAUCCUUACUUACGAUCGUCUCGGAAUCGGCAAAUCCACCAAAGCCGACGGAUACAAUGCAGUACAACUGGGUCUUCAAGUCGGAAUCCUAAAAGAACUAACUAUUCUUGCUCGAAAAGGAAAGCUUCUGGAGUCAUCCAAGGUUCUCGGCAAACGCCCUGAGAAGUCAUUUUCCAGUUACAAGCCCAAGAAGGUAGUCCACAUUGGACACUCUUUUGGAUCCGCCACAACAGGUGGUCUCCUCUCCCUCCACGGCAAUCUCAGCGACGGCGCUAUCCUGACUGGUUUCCUUCCCAACAAUCAAAAUGGCAAAGUCGGGGCCAACGCCUUUGGCUUUGAGUUUGCGCGGCAGCACGAUCCCAGGCGCUUCGGUGACCGAUCUGGUGGAUAUGUUGUGCAAGCAAGUUUGAGCAAUAUUCAGCAGAUAUUCCUCAAGAAAGGAUCUUUUGAAGUCGAGGCGCUUGAAUAUGCUGAGAGGAACAAGCAGACUGGUACAGUUGGAGAGUUGUUUUCGCGGGAUGCUGCUCUUGGAAAGCCUGCUACUGAGUUCAAGGGUCCAUUACAAGUAAGUCACCAUUUCUUCUGCGACUGUAACGAGAUCCCGGCUAACAUGUUGACCCAUUAG